CACUUUUGUGACCAACCCUUUCUGCACUUCUCUACCUAGCCACUCUGCCUUCACCAUGAAGUCCAGCAGCCUCUUCUCCCUCGUGGUUCUCCUUGCUCUGGCAACUCUGGCACCCUGGGUUGUGGAAGGUUUUAGAAACGAUGCUUUCAAAGCUGGAGCGUGCCCUUCUAGAAAACCUGCCCAGUGCCUUAGAUAUGAGAAACCAGAGUGCAAGGAUGAUUGGCAAUGUCCAGGGAAGAAGAGGUGUUGUCAAGGUUAUUGUGGCAUCAAAUGCCUCGAUCCUGUUGCUGUCUCGAAACCAGUGCUGAAGAAACCUGGGAAGUGCCCUAAGAUUGAUGCUGAAUGUUUGAUGCUCAACCCCCCUAAUAACUGUCAGAGGGACAGCCAGUGUGAUCGGAACUACAAGUGCUGCAAGGGCAUUUGUGGCAAAGUCUGCAUGCCCCCGGUGUAAGCCUGAUUCCUGUCAUUUGAAGAUGGCUCUGGGUUCGUGCUCUGUGUGGUCUGGAAACUACUUCCCUGCUCUCACGCUUGGAUCCUGUGGCGAAUGCUCGCUUUUACCACCAACCCUUCCUUUUGGCACAUGCUCAGCACGCUUGAGGCUUUUAGGAAAUAUUGUUGGAGAGUAAAUAAAUAAAAAAGCUUAUUUCUUUAUGUGUA